AAUCUUGCCAACUGGAUCAUGAAGCAUAAGGACAACCAAUAUAAUUAGGGAUCUUACUUCAUACACCCUUUCCGGCACAGGGGAAUGUAUGGUUUAUGUAGAUUAAGCUCCUUGAGCCCCAGGAAUUGAUUGUAAUCACAUACUUAGUACAUACCCCUUUCAUAGUUGACUGCGUUUAUAAUAUACACCGAACUUUGCCUUGAUCAAGCGAUUGGAUCAUCGUUUAUCAGCCAUUAAAGUUUGGCUGUUUGGAAAAAGACAGCCUUCGCUGGGCUGUUUUGAAACUUCGUGUGUAUGACACGUUAACAUGGGUGAGGGUAAAAAGAGUAAUUGCAACCAAUAGGAUAACGUGUCAAGAUGUAGCCAGAAGGUUGAAAACAGCCCAGGCUGUCGUUUCCAAACAGCCAAUGCCAAUCCAAGGUUUUUUCUGACUGUCUGAGUCUGGAGAAGGAGGAGCGCAAUCCACGCUCAAAAAGAAGAGCUCGUCCCCUCCUUCCCUCCGUCCGCCCCUAAUAAUCGGAAUUCGGAAUCCGGUAACGACCAGGCCAGGGUCGCAGGGUCCACACCCUCCCCUGUACUCCACCUCUACGGCUCUGGCUCUCUCCCUUUUUUUGAUGUCUGUUGACUCUGUUCCAUCUCCAUUUCCCCACUAAAAGAAAACGCAGAAACAAAAAAGAUAAAACAAAUGUUGGAAUGAAAACCAAAAGUCUAAUAAGAAACUCGAUUCAUUCUCUUUCUUCCAAAUAUAGCCCAUGUCUCCCUAAAACCCCUCUCCUCCACAACACGCCUCCCUCUUUCCCACUCUGCUUUUCUCCUCCAAAUCUAGUCCCAUUUUCCACAAACGAAGCAGAUCUGCUUCCUCUCCAUCUCUCCCUAUUUCCCAUCCUUCGCCUGAGGAAGCAGGUCUCAAUCGUCUCCCCCUCCCCCCCAUCCCGCCCCUGCUCCACCCACGCCCCACAAGAGAGGAUUGUUGGUGUUAUUUAGAGUGAAGCAGUAAAUAAUGGGGGCAGCGGCAUUGCCUUCUUUACUACUUGGGAUCCUUUUUGUUUCAUCCUUCACCAUCUCACCUUCUGAAUCCAAGCUCACCACCGACUACUACAGCAAAUCAUGUCCCCAAUUCGAAGAUACCAUUCGAGAAAUUGUCACCAGCAAACAAAUCACCAGCCCCACAACUGCCGCCGGCACCCUCCGCCUCUUCUUCCACGAUUGCAUGGUCGAGGGCUGUGAUGCUUCAGUCCUCAUUUCCUCCAAUGCCUUCAACAAAGCCGAGCGCGACAGCGACGUAAACCUCUCCCUCCCAGGCGACGCCUUCGAUCUCAUUGUUCGCGCCAAGACCGCCCUCGAGCUCACUUGCCCUGGAGUUGUAUCCUGCGCUGACAUCUUAGCCCAUGCCACCCGUGACUUGAUCACCAUGGUUGGUGGCCCUUUCUACACUGUCCGUUUGGGUCGCAAGGAUGGUCUCAUCUCUCAGGCCAGCCGGGUCGAUCUCCCCACCGUCAAAUCCUCCGUCUCCGAAAUGAUUACCUUCUUCGCAUCCAAGGGGUUCACUGUCAUCGAAUUUGUGGCCUUGAUGGGUGGCCACACCAUCGGAUUCUCUCACUGCAAGGAGUUCGCCGGCAGGAUCUACAACUACAGCAAAACUUCGCCUAUCGAUCCCACCCUCAAUGCCAAGUACGCCGAGGGGCUGAGGAAGGCAUGCGCCAACUAUGAAACCAACCCCACCAUGGCCGCUUUCAACGACGUCAUGACGCCCGGCAAGUUCGACAACAUGUACUACCAGAACCUGCAGAGAGGUUUAGGGUUGUUGCAGAUAGACCAGAUAUUGAUGGCCGAUGCCAGGACCAAGCCAUACGUGGAAAUGUUCGCAGCAAAUCAGACUGCAUUCUUUCAGUCGUUCAGUCAUGCAAUGGAGAAGCUGAGUGUUCUUAGUGUGAAGACCGGACGAAAGGGGGAAAUCCGUCGCAGAUGUGAUUCCUUUAACAACAUCAGAACUUGAUUUGGUUGGUUAACUUUGGUUCUUUUUUUUCUUUUAUUAAAAAAAAAGGAAUCUUUUAUUAUUUAUUACAAUGGGUGGUGGUGAGCUGAUGAUGAUGAUCGAUUGAUCGACCCAAUCAGAAAAGAGAAUGAGGGAAGAAAAUGAUGAUGAAUAUUCUUUGCUUAUUACCAGUUGUUCUGUUAUUUUUUUUAUCCUUCAUCGAUCUGAUAAAAUAUUAGAUUUUCUAUCUUUA